AAAUGACGAAAAUACCCUCUUUUAUUUUCCUUCCUCUUUUCUUCUUUUUCCUUUUCUUCUUUUUCCUUUUCUUCAACCCGAAGACAGAAGGCCGUUCAAAAGAAAAACAUAAACCAGAGCAUUUGAACUCUCCCGCGUCUGCAGUUACCCCCUUCAACUCUCUCCCGCCUCCGGUGAACGUUUUUCUCUUCCGUCCAUUUCUUCUCCACUUCCAUCCAUUUCUUCUCCACGACUCUCCGCUAUAUUUUCCGAUUUCAACUUGUUCACGGAACGUCUCCAUUUCUUCUGCACGGGUUUCUGUUUUACUUUCGACUUCAUCUCCGGCGGACGCUUCUCCACUUCCAUCCAUUUCGAUUUCAGGUUUCAGUAUGGCUUCGACAUCAACUAACGGUCCCAUGUACAAGAUUGACCCUGCUCAUCAUUUUCAGUCUAUAGUAAGUAGUUUAUCACAUUUAGUAAGCAGGUUGACUAUGUUGUCGGAUCAAAACAAGACUGUCAAGAUCCUUGGGUGAAUGUUGAUUACAUUUACUCUCCAUUCAAUAUCCAUGGCAAUCAUUGGAUUCUAUUAUGCUUGGACUUGGUACGUUGUCAAGUUAAGGUAUGGGAUUCGCUUCCGUCGCUGACGAGUGCCGAAGAUAUGAGAAGCAUAUUAGAGCCAAUUCAAGAGAUGGUGCCAAAUUUGCUCGAUGCUACUGGAUUCUUUGUUAGGAGAGGCGGAUCAUCAACACACAAGGAACCUUGGCCACUUGUCAUUGUCGACUCCAUUCCACUUCAACGCAACAA